UCGAGCAACUCUCGAGAAGAUCUGCUGGUGGAGAUCAAGAUCCAGGCUUCUCUCGAUCACCCAAACAUUGUCCGCAUCAUCGAGAGCUUCGAUAAUAAAACGGGCAUCUUCGUGGUGAUGGAGCUGUGCUCUGGCGGGGACCUGGAGAAGAAGCUGCGCACGCAA